AUGUCUCCGACCAAACCCAUCGUCAUUGUCGGGGCCGGAGUAUUGGGACUCACGACAGCGGCUGUGCUCCAGGACAGACAUCCACGGACCCGCAUCACGAUCGUCGCCGCCGAAGUGCCCCUGACCCCUCCUUUCGUUGACGCGCCGCGUCCGUCUGUAGACUACGCCUCAAUGUGGGCGGGUGCGCAUUUCCGCCCGACCCCCGGGACCGAUCCUCGCGGCCAGCUUGCCUCCGAGCAGGUAUGGGCUCUAGAGACGUCUCGUAUCAUGCGGGAUCUGGCCCUGCGUAGCCCCGAGUCUGGAAUUCAGUCGGUCAAGGGCCGAGAGAUCAUGGAGUAUCUGCCCGAGGACAAGGUUCACUUCAAGACGGGCGAUGUCUAUGCGUGCGGCGAUGGCGACGAGUUCCGCGUGCUGGAAGAGGGCGAACUGAACCCGGGGGGUCGCUGGGGGUGCGAGUACAACACCUGGAUUGUCAAUGUCAAUAUCUACUGUCGGUGGUUGCUUUCUCGGUUCACCAAAAACGGCGGGAACGUGCUCCAAAAACGCCUGGCUCGUCUAGAAGACGCCUUCGACAUCCUGCCAACGGGUUCUCCUCCACCUCUCGUCAUCAACUGUUCAGGACGAAACUUCGACCUGGAUCCCAGGUGCAACGCCAUCCGCGGCCAGACAGUGCUUGUCAGGAACGCUUACCACAAGACCGCCACGCGUCACAACAACGACGGCACCUGGUCUUUCUUGAUCCCCCGCCCCCUGGGAGGGGGCACGGUUGUGGGCGGUACCAAGCAGAUGGGGGAUUGGGGCACCGAGAUACGGCCACGAGAGACGGAAGACAUUCUCGCGAAUGCCGUCAAGUGCUGGCCGGAGUUCGUGUCCAGAGUGGAAGACUUUGAGAUACUUGCGGUGAAUGUUGGUCGCCGACCAUGGAGAGACGGUGGUCUUCGUAUCGAAACGGAGGACCUCGGCCAUGGCAGGAUAGUUGUCCACGGGUACGGUGCCGGUGCUCGGGGAUAUGAAUUAAGCUGGGGGGUGGCUGGUGACAUUGCCCAAAUCGCUGGCGGUGAAAUUGGUGAGAUUUCACGUCUUUGA